GCUAGUUUAAAAAAAUUUUAAAAAAUCUUUAUUUUGACAUUUGAAUGAUAUCUAAAUUUAUUCGCAUAUCUUUUGAAUUUAUUAAUUUAAUCCGUGAAACAAACCUAUAAAUUAAGAAGAAAUGAACUUAUCCGAUCUUAAUAUAGGCAAUGGACUUUUAUACGCAGGAUUUAAUCAAGACCAUGGGUGUUUCGCUUGUGCUACAGACACUGGAUUUCGAGUUUAUAAUUGUGACCCACUAAAAGAAAAGGAGCGGCAAUAUUUCUCCGAAGGAGGUUUGGGACAUGUUGAAAUGCUUUUCCGAUGCAAUUAUCUGGCGUUAGUUGGAGGGGGUAUUCGACCACUCUAUCCACCAAAUAAAGUUAUUGUUUGGGAUGAUUUAAAAAAAGCGCCAGCUAUUUCAAUUGAUUUUAAUCAGCCGGUUAAGGCAGUGCGCCUUAGGCGUGAUAGAAUUGUUGUUGUUUUAGAAGGAGUUAUAAAAGUUUUUACAUUCACACAACAGCCUCAACAGUUACAUGUUUUUGAGACAAGUACAAAUCCACUAGGACUCUGUGUGCUGUGUCCGCAUAGUAAUAAAAGUUUAUUGGCUUUUCCAGGAAGGCGUAAUGGUCAUGUGCAGAUAGUAGAUUUAGCAAAUACAGAAAGAGCCCCUUUAGAUGUAAAUGCUCAUGAAGCAACAAUAACUUGCAUAGCUUUAAAUUUGCAAGGUACACGUCUGGCAACAGCUAGUGAAAAAGGAACAUUGAUUCGCGUUUUUGACACUGAAAAUGGCAAAAGAGUCGCUGAAUUAAGAAGAGGAAGCAACCAAGCAACAAUAUAUUGCAUUAAUUUUAAUCACUCAUCAACUUUGCUGGUAGUAUCUUCAGAUCAUGGUACGAUACAUAUUUUUAAUUUAGAGGAACCUAAGCAAAAAGAGUUGAAUAUUCCAAUGAUACCCAAAUAUUUUUCCAGUCAGUGGAGUUUCUGUAAAUUUUCUAUACCACAAGGCCCUUGCAUCUGUGCGUUUGGAACUGAUUCAAACUCUGUAAUUGUGAUAUGUGCUGACGGUCAUUAUUAUAAGUUUCUAUUUAAUAACAAAGGGGAAUGCAGUCGAGAUGUGUGUACUCAAUUUCUUGAACUAACCGAUGAACAAACAUAAACAAUGGAGUUAAUUUAAUAACAAAAUGUUUAAGUUAAUUUUUUUAUUUUAAAAUAAAUACAUGUAAGUUAAAAUUAGUUCUUCAGAAAAAAAUUGCAAAAUAAUGCAAUGUAUACUAUAUUAUGUCCACAGUAUGAUAAUACUUGCUAUACAUGUUUAUAUAUAUCACAAAAAGAAAGAAAAUUAUUAAUCUUCUAUAAAUAAUAAAAGUUCAAGCUAAUUAUUUUAUGAAA